GCAGUGAGGCAGAGGCGGAGUCUCAGCCAAGUUCUGACCAGAACUUCUACCGAGUAACCUCCAGCUCUCUGUCUGCGUCUACGACAAUAACAACACGAAAAGGCACAUUCAGCAGCCCAUCCGCAAAAGGUGCGCCAAAAAAAAAAUGAAUGCAACCGGGUUGAUGUGCGCGGUGCGGACAACAUUCCUGCAGACCUUCCGACGACCUCCGCUGCUGCUUCCGUCUGUGUCCGUCUCCUCCUCCUCCUUCAUGGUUCAGAGGUGCCUGCAGUCCACUCAGCCGGUCCCUGCUGCCCGGCUCCCAUACAGGGUGAAGCUGUCUGCUGGGAAACGCUACGCCUGGUGUGCUUGUGGUCACAGCAAGAAACAGCCUUUCUGCGACGGCACUCACAAAGCAAAAGCCCCAAAUAUCUCACCUCUACUUUUCACCGCCGACAAAAACAAGACAGUGAUGCUCUGUGCCUGUAAGCAAACCAAGAACUCUCCGUACUGCGACGGCUCGCACUUGAAAGUCAUCUAUAGGGAUGUGGUAAAGUAUGUUAAAGGCCUGUUUAAAUGAUCCAGGUCAUCGUAUCUUACCUUGCCACAUUGUGUGACGCAAAUACUUUUGAUAAAACACAAAUGCUGCUGACAUGUAUCCAAGCUUCUUUUGUUUUUUGGUAACAUAAUAUUGUUCAUGAGCACUAAAAGAAGUCUUAUUGUAUUCAUCAAAUAAGGACUGUAGUAGUUUGAAACUGAUUUCUGUAAGAGUUCAAUAAAAACAUAUUUUUUACAAAACAUUUGUA